GUAGAACGCGAUCCAUGGUGCUCUUGGACCGGCAACUCGUCGAGGGCAACGUGAGUACACUCGGGAAGCACCCGAUCAGCAACAAGCACAUCUUCACCAAGCUCGUCGUGCAGCAACAGCAACUCGAGGCCAUUGACAUCUUGGCUGAGUUUCCGCAUCUCCAGGUGCGACUUGGAUGUCGAACUGCGUACAACGCCUUGGGCUAGGACGUGAACGUGGCCGAGAACCAGAUCAAGACGCUUGCACCGCUCGCCCACCUGCCCUUUCUCCUUCGCCUCGAUGCCUCCCACAACGACCUGACGGCGCUCCUCGACUUUGACACGCCGCUAUGCACGAAAGCGCAGGCGUGGGUCGACGGCAGCCACGCGAUCGGGUCCAUGCUGCACGUCGCCAACUUUGCGUGGAACCGCAUUACGGCCAUGCGUGACCUCUCGCGCCAUCGCUACAUCCAGGAGCUCGUCCUGGACCACAACGAAAUCACUGAAAUUUCGGGUCUCUCCGCCCUCGUCUUUCUCAAACAUGUGAGCUUGACCCACAACAAGCUGCGCUCGACCAAAGGUCUCACGGGCAACCUCCCGAUCGAGACGCUGGACUUGUCGUACAAUGAAAUCUCCAUCACCGCCGACCUUCCGCGGCUCACGCGUCUCUUGCGCGUCAACCUGGCACACAACAGCGUCGAAGCGCUCAAGGACUUUGGGAACUGCAAGGUUCUCCAGUACCUUGACGUGUCGUACAACCGUAUUCGGGAGCUGCACCACGUUGACGCGCUCACCAAGCUCCGGGACCUGAGUCAUCUCGACUUGAGCCACUGUCCCGUUGCCCGCAUCCCCUACUACCGCUACCGGGUGCUCGUCCGGACGCAGCAAGUGAUCGAGCUCGAUACGAUUCCGGCCUCGGUUCGCGAGCGCAUCAAGGCCCAAGUCCUCCACGGCGAAGACAUUCGGUCGCGCGUCGAAGUGUUUGAAAAGCAUUUGCAAGGACGUGAGACCUUUGUGAACCACUUGCCGCCGCUCGACCGCGAUUUUCGGUACCGCGAGCUCUCGACGUCGAGCAUCGGCCACCUCUUCUGCUUGAAGAAGCCCAAGACAUCGGCACCCAAAGAGUCGGCCAAGAGCUUUGCGACCGAGGCCGCGUCGCACGCGAUCCUCGUGGCGCAGACGAAGAUCGCAACCAAGUCGUUUGCGGCCGACGUCUUGGACAACAUGUCCAAACGCUAUCCAUUCCUGUUUGGCCGCGAGACCGUUCCACGGAGCUCGGGUCGCACCCGCUUGGUCACAGACACCAAAGGCGUCUGAUCACAGCUCAGCUGGCGUCGUUCGGAUUCGUCACACUUUCAAUGGCUUGAACGCACUCCACACUUGCAUAUACACCACGAUCGGUAUACCUAUUUGGGAUUUUGCUUGGAUAAUAUCUUUCACACAUAAGUACAUUGGUAGUAUCUCUGCAAAGUAAGGGAAUACACACAAUCUGG